ACAGCGCUGCAGAUGCAACUCACCCGUACCGCCGCCGAGAGCACAAGGGUUUUGGGACAGCCUACGCCCCCGGUGCUCUCCGGAACCUCACCCUUGGUCAACCCCCUUACUCCGCAAAUGAACGCGGCAGCUGCACUUCCAAGUCCGACGCCUCUUCCUGUGGCUCCUUCUCCAAAUCCACUACUUCAGUCGUACCAGCAGAUACUGAACCCAGCAUUCUUGGAGCUACAGCGUCAACUGAUCGCCCAACAGACGGCGCAGUUUCGGUUGCCACUUCUGCCGACGCAAAUGACAUCGUCGAUGUCGUUACCGUCGCUGCGGCAGAUUCCGCCAACACUGCCACACGUCUCUCCAAUUCCAACUUCUCCAGCUUCACUGCCUGCGAGGCCAGUGCCCCGAAAACCAGCACCUGUGGUAGUAACACCGAACAUCUCACCUACCACACCUACCACCUCCACUCCACGAUCGGAUGGUUCAUUCGCGGUACCACAAGAUCCUGUGAUGAGAAAACCUUCCAUUCCACUAAAUACAUCCGCCGACGAGAGGGACAAAGCUAACCGUCCAAAAUCACCGGAAUUUGAGAUGGGGAAACUUCCCGUCAAGAAUUACGUGCCAUCACAUUUUAUGAAGGGGACGAUGAUACAAAUGGCCAGUGGGAAGUUGAAAAAAGUGGAAGAGAUGUCAUCGGACGAUUUUCUUCUCGCUGCUCCAUUGACUCGCGAAUUCAACGUGGAUGCAAGUGUUGUCGAAGGAAUUGCUAGAGGUUCUACGCUUGCGCGGGUCAAAUUCGCUGUCGGGCAGACUCGAUAUGAGGCAAUUCUUGAGCCACAGCUGGAGCAUCCAUUCUUUGUUCUUGGCAAAGGCUGGUGCUCCUGUGAUCCACAUCGCACUGCCGAAACGUACGGACUCGAAUGUCAAGAGCUUAAGGUUGGAGACGUGUGCAUUUCGCUGUCGAGGAAGAGCGAUAGCGAUGCAAAGCAGCUCGAUGAAACCGUCACUCUAACCGAAGCUGCAGAGGUGAAAGAGAAGGAAGCUGCACAAGCUGCGAUCAGAGAGGAGCUGAGCAAGGAAAUGGAUGAAUCGAAUGGCCGCAAUUCGGCUCCGCCUACUCGUUACCAUCCCUACUCGAAGAAGCUGAGGAAGGUGUCGGAGAGCUGA